CUGAAGCAACAGAGAAGCUAAGUGACAAAUUUUUCCAAAUAAUCCUACACACAAAGUGUUCACCCUGAUGAUUUUUAUGUAACCUUUUGCAGUGUGUGAGGCAUCGAUGCUCUUCAAAAGAAAGCGUUUAAAUGCUAGUUGGCACACGCAACCGCUUUUGAAAACUAACAUGAAAAAAGGUUAAUGUGAGACGUCCGGGUAAUUUAUAGUUGCUAAAGUGCAGGCUAUAUGCUGCUGCUUACACGGAUCAAGACCCUAGCGCUCUUGCUUUGGGAGCCGAGGACUGAGCGGAGGGAUUGAGUGGAUGAAGUGCAGGGCGACACUGAUCGCCUCCUGACUCGCUACUAUAGGAACUAAAAAAAAAAAAAAAAAAAAAAAAAAACCAGAGCAACUUCAAAGGGAUGACCAGGCACUACCAGAGAAGCAAAGAGUAGCAGCGAGGGAUUUAACAUUUUAAGCAUUUCCUACAGUGAAACAUUUGUGUGCGCUCAAGUGGGAGGACGCUUGUAAUUUGUAAUGCUGAAAUAUGAGAGAACGGAACCGGGGCGGAUGAAGGCACAUGGGAGAGGACUGUCCCUGCGCUUUGGGCUCUGAAAGAGAAAAAAAUCGAUUUACUUGGGAUUGGAUUUGGCGAAGUGGGAUGAUAAAAAACUUUAUCAUUGGUUCCCGGCGAAACUGCACACCUAUCAUACCAGCAAGCCUCAAUGGAUAGACCGCUGUAGACAUAGUGACUGGUGAAAGUUCAUUUAAGUUUUUUUUUUCUUGCUAGAGUUACUUGAUCCAACCUCCCUCAUAGGGGAGAGCGAGAUAUCUACCAAUAUCUCGGCUACUGAGGCCAAAAUGUUGAGGAUCUCUUUGACAGCUUUGAGUCUUUCAUGGACUUUGAUCAUCUGCAACGCGAACCGAGCUUAUGCACAAGAAAGACAGGGUUACCUGGUCGCUGCCCCCUCGGUGUUUCGAGCUGGCGUGGAGGAGAGCGUGAGUGUGACCAUCUUCAAUGCAAAGUCAGAAACACGUGUCCAGGUGCAGCUGUCGGUGAAGGGAGAGACGGUGGCCCACAGCCAUGGCUCAAUGCUUGACAAAGGCACCAUCAAACUAAAGGUUCCCCCCGGGCUGAGAGGCCAGGCUCAUCUGAAGGUGUGGGGGAACCGCCACCUCACUGAGGGAGGCUACAUCUUCCACAACUACACCACCGUCACAGUGGAAAGCAAAGGCACAGCUGUCUUCAUCCAGACUGACAAGCCCGUCUACAAACCCAAACAUAAAGUGUUAAUCAGAGUGUACACAGUCACCCCUGACCUGAGGCCAAUGAAUGACAAGAUUGAAGCAUAUGUUGUGGAUCCAAGAGGAUCCAGGAUGGUCCAGUGGAAGGGCCUUAAAUCUAUCUGCUGUGGGAUUGUCAACAUGAGUUUUCCUCUGUCGGACCAGCCCGUGUUCGGAGAGUGGUUUAUCUUUGUGGAGAUGCAAGGCCACACCUACAAUAAGUCCUUUGAAGUGCAGAAGUAUGUGAUGCCCAAGUUUGAGCUGGUGAUCGAUCCCCCACGCUACAUUCGUGACCUGAACUCCUGUGAACAGGCCACCGUCAGAGCCAGGUAUACUUUUGGGAAGCCAGUGACAGGAAAGUUGACUGUGAAUAUGACGGUGAAUGGAGUGGGCUACUACCGCCAUGAGAUGGGUCAUCCUGUAGUCAAAACCAUGGAGAUCAAAGGCUCGGCGACCUUCAGCCUGUGUGUCAAGGACAUGAUGCCCUUGGAUGUGGCUGAUCACUUCAGGGGCACGGUGAGCAUGUGGGCGUCAGUGACCAGCGUGGAUGGAAGCAGGCAAACAACAUUUGAUGACUCCACACCGGUCCAUAAACAGCUUAUUGACAUCAAAUACUCCAAGGACACGCGCAAACAGUUCAAGCCUGGUCUGCCUUACAAGGGGAAGAUUGAGGUGACCUAUCCUGAUGGAAGCCCUGCUGAUGGGGUGAAGGUGCGUGUUAAGGCUGAGCUGACCCCCAAGGACAAUGUUUACACAAGCGAACUGACCUCCAAAGACGGUCAGGCCACCUUUGAGAUCCCCUCCAUCCCCACUGCUGCCCAGUAUGUCUGGCUUGAGACCAAGGUGACAUCCAUUGAAGGAAAGCCAGCAGGGGACCAGUACCUGCCCAGCUAUUUGUCCAUCAGUAGCUGGUACUCUCCCAGCAAGUGUCAUAUCCAGAUCCAGAGCCCAAGUUCCCCACUCAAGAUUGGCCAGGAAGCAGAGGUAGCUCUGAAGUCCACUUGUCCCUGUAACUUCACUCUGCACUAUGAGGUGGCAUCCAGGGGUAAUAUCGUCCUUUCAGGCCAACAACCAGCCAACCUCACAUCAUCUCACCGAGGGAAGAGGGCAGCGGUCACCUUUGACAAGAACAUCCACACCACCCUCUUGCCUCCUUCUGCUUCUGGUGUUGGAGGCUCCUCCCCGCAGGCAGAGAUGGACAGCUGUGUGUCAUACCUGCGUUUCCCCGUUAGCCACAGCAUGGCACCUCUCAGCCGCCUGCUGGUCUAUCAUGUGAGGGAAAACGGCGAGGGGGUCACAGACAGCCUGCAAAUCCCUAUCCAGCCCAGCUUCGAGAACCAGGUCUCUAUUUCUCUGUCAAGUAACGAGUCGAUGCCAGGGGACCCCGUGAGUCUGCGUGUCCGGGGAGAGAGGGGCUCCUGUGUGUGUGUGGCCACUGUGGAUAAGAGUUUGUACCUGCUGAAGCCCGACUUCCAGCUCAGCCCAGACAAGGUGUUUAAAGAGCUUGCAGACUUUGACGUGUCAGAUGCCUUUGGGAUUCCUAAAGAUGAUGGACACUUUUGGUGGCCUGGGCUGUCGUCAAAGAGGCGGAAGAGGUCCUCUGUGUUCCCGUGGCACUGGGACAUCACCAAGGACGCACGCUUCGCUUUCACAGAAACAGGGCUUGUUGUGAUGACAGACAUGGUGAGUCUGAACCAUCGGCAGAGUGGAGGGAUGUACACAGAUGAGGCUGUUCCUGCCUUCCAGCCCCACACCUCUACCUUAGUGGCUGCCAUGCACUCUCGCCCCUUGCCCAGAGCAGAGAAGCGCAGGCGAACAUUUUUCCCAGAGACGUGGGUGUGGCACUGCCUCAAUGUCAGUGCUGAAACCGGGGAAGCUGAGCUGCAAUUGGACGUGCCCGAUUCCAUCACCACCUGGGUGACGGAAGCCAUUGGCCUGUCAGAAGAGAACGGGCUGGGCUUAGCGAAGAGGGCGGAGCUUCGCACCUUCAAGCCGUUCUUUGUUGACUUUACGUUGCCCUACAGUGUGAUCAGAGGGGAGCAGACCAAAGUUCCCCUCACUGUCUACAACUACCUGCCGACCUGUUCUGAGGUUCAUGUUAAAGUCUCAGUUCCAAAAGGCAUCAAGUUUGUGGGCCAUCCCGGAAAGCACCACCUAACCAGGAAGAAAUGUGUAGCUCCAGGAGAAGCUACACCCACUUCCAUUGUACUGUCUUUCACUGAACUAGGAGCUGCUAACAUCACAGCCCGUGCCAUUGCCUACAGUGAACCAAGCUGCUGCUCAGAUGGUCUUCAGUCAGGCAAAACAGCCAAUGACUUGGAUGAAAGAAGGACCCCAACUGGUCUCGACUACGUCCGCAGGAGCGUCCUGGUGGAGCCAGAAGGCCUGCCCAGAGAAUACACCUACAGUGUCUUCUUUUGCCCCAAUGAGAGGAUUCACAUCUCCACCCCCAACAAAUAUGAGUACCAGUAUGUGAAAAAACCAGCCCGAAUGACCCAGUUCCAAGUGGCGGUGAAGACCCACAAUGAUGCCCACUUUGCCCUCUCUGCCAGCCCCCACGACAGUGCAGAGAUGCUGGAGAUUGUACUUGGUGGCAGACAGAACACCCGCUCUUGGCUCUCCUUGGGCAAGAUGGGUGAGCCCCUGGUCAGCGCACCCACACCAGGCAUCCUGUCGUGGGAUGAGUUCCGCAGCUUCUGGAUCAGCUGGAAAGGGGGUGUGGUACAGGUGGGCCAUGGUUUACAACCAUCCAAUGAAUCUGUGAUCCUCCAAUGGGCAGGCCAACUCCCUGGCCAGGUGCGUCACAUAGGCUUCUCAACAGGCUGGGGUUCAGUAGGGGAAUUUAAGAUCUGGAGGAAAGAAGAUUCUGAUGAGAACCACAAUGAGGCCUUCACCCUUGGGGUCCCUCACAAUGUGGUCCCCGGAUCUGAGAGGGCCACUGCAUCCAUGAUUGGGGAUGUGAUGGGGCCAACACUGAAUAAUCUGGACAAGCUGUUGCGACUUCCCUUCGGCUGUGGGGAGCAGAACAUGAUCCACUUUGCCCCCAAUGUCUUUGUUCUCAAGUACCUGCAGAAGACCAGGCAGCUCAGCCCUGAGGUGGAGAAUGAGGCCACUGACUACCUGCUGCAAGGCUACCAGAGACAACUGACUUACAAGCGGCAGGAUGGGUCCUACAGUGCCUUUGGAGAAAGGGAUUCGUCUGGCAGCAUGUGGUUGACAGCGUUCGUGCUCAAGUCCUUUGCUCAGUCGCGGGGCUUCAUCUUCAUUGACCCCGAGGAGCUUCGAGCGGCCAAGUCUUGGCUCAUCAGGCAUCAGCGAGAUGAGGGCUCCUUUCCCGCCAUGGGACGCAUCCUCAACAAAGACUUGCAGGGAGGGAUCCAUGGGAAGAUCUCACUUACGGCGUAUGUGGUUGCAGCCCUCUUGGAGACAGGGAUCACCACAGAGGAAGAGAAGGUGGCAGUGGCCAAGGCCAAGGAUUUCCUGGAGAGCAACACCUACUCCGCUGAUGACCCUUACACCACGGCUCUGUCCGCCUACACUCUGGCUCUGCUGCGCAGCCCUUACGCCCCGCUGGCCCUGCGCCGCCUCAACCACAUGGCCAUCACACAAGAUGGCUUCACCCACUGGAGUCUGACAGGCAGCACAGUGACAGAUGAGGACACCUUCAUGGGCUUCAGUGACGGCCUCUCUCAGUCAGUGGUGUCAGCAGAGGUGGAGAUGACAGCCUACGGUCUGCUGACCUACACCCUGCUGGGGGAUGUGGCCUCUGCCCUGCCUGUGGUCAAAUGGCUCUCCCAACAGAGGAACGCCCUGGGGGGCUUCUCCUCCACUCAGGACACAUGUGUGGCCCUUCAGGCUCUGUCAGAGUACGCUAUCCUGUCCUAUGUCGGAGGGGUCAACCUCACCAUCUCCCUGGCGUCCACCAACCUGGACUUCCAGGAGACCUUUGAACUGAACAGGGACAACAAGAAGCUCCUUCAGAGCGCCAAGAUUCCCAGUAUCCCUACAGGCCUUUUUGUCAGUGCUAAAGGAGAAGGCUGCUGUCUCAUGCAGAUUGAUGUCUCUUACAAUGUACCUGACCCAGUGGCCAAGCCAGCCUUCCAGCUCAAGGUGGACCUGAAAGAGCCUGUUCAGGAGCGGCACCCGCAACCGCCUUCCUCCUCUUCCUCCCGACACCCGGGCUCCCGCUCCCGUAGCCGCGCCGACAACCGCUCCGAGCUGAACCGGAAGCGACGGACGCCCAUUGAUGAUGACGAUCCAGCAGCCCACCAGGACAACAUGGACUUCCGCGUUUCCUUAGAGGCCUGUACCAGGUGGCUUCACUCAGGGUCUUCCAACAUGGCUGUCCUGGAGUUUCCGUUGUUGUCUGGUUUCCGAGCAGACAUUGAAAGUCUAGAGAGGCUGUUGAUGGACAAGAGAGUGGGUCUGAAGAGAUACGAGCUGGACGGGAGGAAAGUGCUGUUCUACUUUGACGAGAUCCCUAGCCAGUGUAUGACGUGUGUGGCCUUCCAGGCUGUCAGGGAAUACAUUGUGGGCAAGACAGCGCCUGUUCCGGUCAAGGUCUACGACUAUUACGAACCAGCCUUCGAGGCCACCCGGUUCUACAACGUUAGCGAGAGCAGUCCAUUAGCACGGGAGCUGUGUGACGGACCUACUUGCAAUGAGGUGGAGAGUUCAACCAAUCAGUGGAUAGGUUUUGUGCAGGGGAACCAGUGUAACAAUGUGUUCGGCUGUCUGGAGGAGGAGCAGUUUGAGCGCUGCACGUGUUACAGAGACUGCGGUUAUGACGGGGAGCCGGUUUGUGGGUCAGACGGGCAGCUCUACCAGAACCAGUGCCAGAUGGAGGUGUUUGCCUGUCGAAACGGGACGCGCAUAGAGCAGGUCCCUCUGUCCCAGUGUCCUCAGAUUGAGACCACAGUGGAGGACAGGAAGCCAACUGCAGGCCAGGAAGCUGAGCAGGCCUCAGUCCCUGUACACACAGGUGAAGAGGAGCAGGGCUCCAUGGCCGAGGUGUCCUACUACUCCUAUGAGUAUGACCCCGAUUCCGAGCCUUUCCUUGCCGACGCAGAGGCAGAGGAGCAUUUUGACCUUCCUGAAGGCGGGGGAGACGCAGGGCAGAAGGUGUUGCUGCCAGCAGAUACCCAACUACCCACACUGGACACAAAAAACACCCCCGAGCGAUGAAACGGCCCUCGACUGAAGCCAUGCCCACCUCCAAAUUGUACAUUAUUUGUGAAUAUGUUAGAGUGAGUGGAGAGAGAGGAGAGACUCGGGAUUUGUCCAGCCUGAAAGGAAGAGAUGGUGGAGUCUGGAGAGUGUGAGUGUGUUUGUUAUUGUGUGUGUGUGUGUUUGCAUGGAUUAGAGUCAGCAUGAAUGCAUUUAUGCGUUCACGUGCAUGUGUGUGGGUGUGUAUGACUUAGUUGGGUGUGAGUGCGAAUGACUGUUAUAAGCUAGUGUCCUCCAGACUUCUAUUUUUUCUUUCUCUGUCAAAUUCCCAGUCUCCUCGUCACCAGUAGACACCAUAGCAUCUUUGUUAUUCACUGUACUGCCUUUGUAAUCACUAGAUGAAAUAAUCAAGUAUUUAUGUUUGUAAUUACACCUGAGUUUUAAGCAAAAUGUUUUGUUAUAUUUUCUAUCUGUGGUAUUUAUUUGUAGCUAGAGCUCAUGUUUUGUUUUGUUUUAUUUGCUGUUUUGUCAUUGCCUGCCCACAUUGUCUAGUUUUUGCCCUGUUACUUUGUGCUUCCUCCCAUUCAAACAAAAGAUAUGUGUUGUGGAAAAAAAAAAAAAAAAAACAAUAUUUUUCUUCAAAGCAAGCUUUAACCCAAUUAUUGAGAUGUUUGAUGAAAUUC